CGGUCCCUCACUCCGUUCCCUUUGACCAUGGCACACAACAACAACUACCACCACCACCAGACCACAACUCUUCAAGUUUUCUGCGUUGGAACCCUCGAUACCAAGCUUGACGAGCUCCGAUUCCUCUCCGAUUCAGUUCGUUCCAAUAUUCACCGCUUCUCCAAUCACCCCUCCUCCAAGGUAGAGGUUGUGGUGGUUGAUGUUUCUGCUGGUUCAAAUGAGCCAGAGAGUUUACAAGAUUUCACAUUUGUUUCCAGGAAUGAUGUCAUCUCUUGCUAUGACAGUGGAUCAAAUGAGGCCUUGGUUCUUCCAGAGGAUAGAGGUAGAGCUGUUGCUGUAAUGAGCCAAGCACUUGAAAAUUUCUUGAAGAAGAAAUCUCAUGAGGAUCAGUGUAUUGCUGGUGUUAUUGGUGUUGGGGGCAGUGGAGGGACAUCCCUAUUAUCAUCUCCCUUCAGGUCUCUCCCUGUUGGGAUCCCAAAGGUCAUUGUGUCAACUGUGGCCAGUGGUCAAACUGAGCCUUAUGUUGGAACAUCUGAUCUGGUGUUGUUCCCAUCCAUUGUGGAUAUUGCUGGAAUCAACAGUGUUAGUAGGGUAGUUUUGUCCAAUGCUGCAGCUUCUUUUGCUGGGAUGGUUGUUGGAAGGGUUCUGAGCUUAAAAGAUUCUUCUUGCUUUGAAGAUAAGCCUACCGUUGGUAUCACUAUGUUUGGGGUUACUACUCCUUGUGUUAAUGCUGUCAAAGAUAGAUUGCAUGAAGAAGGUUAUGAGACCCUUGUUUUCCAUGCGACUGGGGUUGGUGGCAGGGCUAUGGAGAAUUUGGUUAGAGAGGGAUUUAUACAGGGUGUCUUUGACAUAACAACAACAGAGGUAGCGGACUACAUAGUUGGAGGUGUAAUGGCUUGUGACAGUUCUCGCUUCGAUGCCAUCAUAGAGAAGAAAGUGCCCCUAGUCCUGAGUGUGGGGGCAUUAGACAUGGUGAACUUUGGAGCAAAAGAUACCAUACCACAGAAGUUUCAGCAGAGAAAUAUAUAUGAACAUAAUAAGCAGGUUUCGCUCAUGCGAACAACAGUAGAUGAGAACAGAAAAUUUGCUGAUUUCAUAGCAAAUAAACUGAAAAAUUCAUCAUCUAAGAUUUGUGUUUGCCUUCCAGAAAAGGGUGUAUCUGCUUUAGAUGCACCAGGGAAGCCUUUUUAUGAUCCAGAGGCAACGGGUGCUCUUCUUCAUGAAUUACAAAGCCUUAUUCAGACUAAUGAUGAUCGACAGGUAAAGGUGUAUCCUCAUCAUAUUAAUGACCUUCAAUUUGCUAAUGCAUUGGUUGAUGCAUUUUUAGAGAUUAAUGAGAAAACUAGUAAAGAUUCUACUCAUGAACGAGUUGCCAGUCUUGAACCCGUUGAACACAUUCAUGAGGGUUAUAUUUCAGGUGCAUCAAGCUUUGGGACCAUUGUCUAUGCACCUAGUGAAUUCCCAGAUGCAAGACCAGAAACUUUGGAGAAAACACAGCUAAUAUUGCAGCAAUUGAAACAUCAAAUAGAUAAAGGAAUUCCUAUAAUAGGAGCUGGAGCUGGGACAGGUAUAUCUGCCAAGUUUGAAGAAGCUGGAGGGGUUGAUCUAAUAGUACUGUACAACUCUGGCCGCUUCCGAAUGGCUGGGAGAGGUUCAUUAGCAGGGUUAUUGCCUUUUGCUGAUGCUAAUGCUGUUGUGCUCGACAUGGCCAAUGAAGUUUUGCCAGUGGUAAAGAAGGUACCAGUUCUUGCGGGUGUAUGUGGAACUGAUCCUUUUCGCCGAAUGGAUUACUUCCUUAAACAGGUGGAAUCUACGGGAUUCUCUGGGGUGCAAAAUUUUCCAACUGUUGGGUUAUUUGAUGGUAAUUUUAGACAAAAUCUUGAAGAAACAGGAAUGGGAUAUAGCUUGGAAGUUGAGAUGAUCCAAAAAGCCCAUAAAAUGGGCUUCUUGACAACCCCAUAUGCAUUCAAUCAACAUGAAGCUAUUGAAAUGGCUAAAGUUGGUGCUGAUAUUAUAGUGGCCCAUAUGGGUCUAACUACAACCGGCUCCAUAGGUGCAAAAACAGCUGUUUCACUGGAGGAAAGUGUGGUUCGUGUACAAGCUAUUGCAGAUGCAGCACAUAAGAUCAAUCCCAGGGUCAUUGUGUUGUGCCAUGGAGGUCCCAUAUCUGGUCCAAAAGAGGCAGAAUUUAUAUUGAAGAGGACUAAGGGAGUUCAUGGAUUUUAUGGGGCUUCAAGUAUGGAAAGACUACCUGUAGAACAGGCUAUCACAAGUACAGUCAAACAGUACAAGUCAAUUUCUAUUAAUUGAGGUUUAACUUGUCCGUACUUUGUAACCAUGCCAGUGUUCUGUUCGCUACAUUGCUAAUAAUGGCUAAUGUUUUGUCAUUGCUAAGUACCUACCAAAUUUGUGAAGAAUCUAGGAUUUGCUGAUAUAAAUAUUGGAUUUAAUGAAGCAAAACCAAUGGACAAUACAUAUAUUUUGAUCCUUUAAAAUGAGA